AUGAUUGGUCAAGAUCCACAGCCAAUCAGUUCUGAAGAUUCUAUCAAGAAAUUUGAGACCAGGAUGACACCAAACCAUCUCUUCCAACUCAUCACUGAAAUCAAUAAACCAACAGAUCUUAAGGAAGAGCCAAAUGCGAUAGACUAUCGCCAACUACAAAGGCAGGCUAUCAGAGAUAUGGGAUUCGGCGCCUUGCUGGAUCUUAAAAUCAAAAAUAUUCCAACAUUAUGUAGUUUUCUGGCAAACAAUUUCCAGACCGGUGCGAGACAAGUCCCAUUGAAUGGGAACAAUGUACUGAAUAUCAAACAGGAAGAUGUUAUUGCUGUACUUGAUCUUCCUCGUGGACCCAAACCAGUGGAAGAAUUCAAACAGAAUGAUCCCGCUAUAACGAACCACGCUGAGAUGGUGGAUGCAUUCAAGAAAAGAAUGGGAUACAGUAAUAAAUUCCUGCCAACGAGAUCCAGAGCGGCACAAUUAAUUGCUGGUCGAAAAGAUUUUGGUGAUGACUUCAAACGAGAUUUCCUGGUCUUCAUUGUGAGCACAUUCCUACAUGGAAACACCACAUCCAGGAUCACAAUGAACAUCCUGAAGUCCCUCAAGAACAUCAAUGAAGUGACACAAUACAAUUGGUGUCAAUAUGUGAUUGAUGCACUGGUGAAAGGAUGCAAAAGUCACCACGAUGGGAAACCAUUCACCAGACCAAUCACUUUUUUCCUGUUGUGCUACCUUGACAGGUGUGAGUAUGAGAGAGCACAUUCGAGGUCAUUCCCUGUGAUCAAAUCUUGGGAUCAAAAGAUGCUGGACGAUAGAUUAAGACUUGAGGGAAGCAAUUUCACAGAUGUCCAGACACUUGAACGUCUCAAGAAACCGUCAUCAGCAGCAUCCCGAGAUGAACAACCAGAGGCGAAAUCACAUGAGGAUAUACAGGCCAACCCCAACACACAACAAGACCUUGCUGCUCUUCAUGAAAAAUUCUACCAAUUGAUUAUCACGAUUAACAAAACUGUUUUAGACAUACGUGAGAAGGAAAUGGAGUUAAAAAUUGAACCAGAUGAACAAGCAAAGCAAACAAUCAAGAUCCUAACAGAUGCAAUGGUGUCGAUGAGUAGAAAGAUGCCUCCGCCUUCAGACAUUGAAAUUGACAAAGCACAGGGACAGGAGCAAUUGAGCCAGACAAAUGAUGAAGCUUCUCUGGGGAAAUCCGUGCCUACUUCAAAAGAAAUGGUGGUUGAUGAACAACAAACUCAACCACAAGGGGCACAGGGACUGGAUCAAUUGAGCCAGACAAAUGAUGAGGCUUCUCUUCCAGUGGGGAAAUCCAUGCCUACUUCAAAAGAAGUGGUGGUUGAUGAACAACAAACUCAACCACAAGAAAAGAAGAGAUCCCAUCAAGAUUCCACCGGCCGAGAUUUAGGUGUGACAUCCACCUAUACCAAAAGUCAGGAAGACAGUUACGAGACAACCCAGGAGAAGAACACUGAGGAUGAUAUCACAGGAAGUGUUGAUUUGGAUAAAGAUGUCAAUGAGACUAUAGAAGCAGAAGAAUAUCCAGUAUCAUCUGCACUCGACGAAACAAAGAAUCACACUCCUUCCAUCGAUGAAAUCAUAAGAAGGGCCAGUGCACCAGCUUCAGAAUCAUUAAGUGAUACCAAAAAACUAGAGAUGAUUGCCGCUGCUGUAGAACAAGUUGAGAAGAACUCAAAGGUGGUUGAAGCAGUCCCUUUAAGCAUAAUUCCACCCGAUUGGAAUAUUGCUUCUACCAUGGGUGGUCUACUGAUGCUGGAGAAAAAUGAGUGUACCACGCCACCGCCUGCAAUCUCAAAGAAAGCUGAUGAGCUUGAUGAAGAGUUAACAAAGACAGUGGAAAAGAUCCUCAAUGAAAAACCUAAGAGGAGAAAUCCACCAAGAGUCCACCGGUUGCCCGAACGGUUCAGGUUGCCGUUCAUGCUGCAGAAGAUAAACAAGAAAAAAUUCAUACAGUGGAUAGAGGAGAAGAAGAAAAUGACCCAAGAAGAAGCCCUGUUGAUAGACUUCGCUCUCUUGCAGAGACAAGAAGAAAUAGUUAAAUCAGGGAAUUUCUUGUUUGAAUUUGGACAAAUCGUUUGGGCAGACAUGGCAGCAUUCUAUUCCAUGAGGGAAGGGACAUGGAUAAAAAACAGCAUCAUAGAUGCUUGGGCUGUCAUCCUAAACAAAGAAGAAGCUAAAAGUGACUCCCCAAGACGGAUAUUCUUUGGUGUUUCCUCAUUUGAUACAAUCAGUCGAUACUAUCAACCAGGUAGUAACAAAGAGGAAAUAGAGUUCACAUUCUAUGAGAAGUUGGCUCUUGAACUAGAAGAACAAGGCCUCAGUGUAGCAUCCCUAAUAGCGGCAAAAGCUAUCUACUUCCCAGUACACUACCGAGACCAUUACUUUUUGUAUGUGUUGUUGGUUGAAGAAAAGAAUGUGCUUGCCCUCAACAACAUUCAUGCAAGAGAUCUGGACUACUACAAGUCAACAAAAGAUCUACUUUUUCGGUUCUUCAAAAGCUACAUUGCAUGCGUGUUUUCACGCAUAGAACUGGUCAGUGCUCAGUAUACCUUCACAGAGGUUACGCUACCAUCGCAUAAGGACAAAACGCCGAAUGCGGAAGAUUGUGGAAUAUACACAAUGCACCACAUGGAGCGGUAUGAUGGUGGUGAGUACAAGGAUGAGAGGAAGGACACUACUAAUAUGGUAAAGCAAGGCCUUCUCAAGCUGUUGGAGUCAAUUGAUGAAAUUUUACUAGGUGCAGAAGUGAUUGUUGAACCGGAACAAGUGACUCAAAAUGAAGAGUUGGUUCAAUCCAGUGAUCCUGAAUUAAAUCACAAUAGAAUCAACAUUGGGGAACUGGAGAAAGUUAAAGGUAUUAAAGUAAGGACAAAACUUACAUCAAGUAAGAGAUUAAAGAGUGGUCUAGAGAAGAAUUCAAGCAAAAAAAGGCCAGUUAAGAAAAACAAGACGUCUUCUAGGACAACUUCACCAACCAUGCCUUCAAAUAAUCAGCAAGUUCAACCACUUGAUGUUGCCACUGAUAACACGCAUAUGGCCUACACACAUCAAUAUCCUGUGCUGCAAUCAAGUGUUCAGUUUGCAUAUGUUAUAACUGAAACUAGAAUUGAAGUUCUCAUGGAUUCUUUGAAUGAGGUCCACUCUUCAGUGAUACAAAAACAUGGCAGUCAGAAAUCCACAUUACAAUUCAUAUAUAUCAUUGUCCUUUUUUGUGUCAUUCCCGGUUGGCCGCAAAUGUCUUUCACGGAGACAGUUCGUCUGAAAGUAUACUGGAAUACUACUUAUACAACUGAACCUGAUGGGACUAUCAUGGUACAGCGGGAUGCGCCGGAUGGUUAUCUUAUCAUUGAUAGUAUGUUAGAUUUCUCGGAACUUGUUGAUAAGGUAUGUGGUGUGAUGGAAGUUGAUAGAGAAGGGCUGUAUAUUGAUUUUUCUUUGGUAUGGACGGAGAGGUCAGGAAAAAGGUCUUGUGUGCACAUUAAUGAUGAUAAUACUGUUCGGUUCAUUUAUCUUUGUGCUAAUAAAUGGCCAGAAUUGUACCCUGAAAAUGUUGAGAGAACAGGCCUUGUUUCUGCAAGUACAUCUGGCCAGGAUAUUGGUGCCAGCACUAGUGGUGGUAGAACAGUUGAAGGCAAUGAAGAUAGAGAUGAAGAUGAAGAUAAAGAUAAAGAUGAAGAUGCAGAUGAAGAUGAAGAUGGCGGGGGUGUCGAAAGCAGUGAUGAUGAGUACGUCCCAUCGGAUGAGGACUCAGAUGACGACACUGAUUUUGAGUCAUCUUCUUCAGUCCCAUAUGUUUUCAACGACAUAAGUGGAUGGGACAAGACUUUAGAGGAAGUAGAUUGUGAUGGGAUUAAAAUGUGGGAUGGCAAUCCGUUGACGCUAGGCCUUGAUAUACAUUUCGACAGCAAGCCUGAGGCACAAGCGGCAGUGGGAGAAUAG